AUGUCGGGUAUUGAAGAGUUUUGUAGUAGUGCGAAAAAAGCGUAUGAAAUUGAGAAGUCAACUUCCUUUAUUAAUCCUUUCAUUCUUACGAUUGGCGAGGAUGAAAUGUGCUUGCUGGACGAUGAUUCGGAUGAGGAAUUUCAGCCAAAUUUCAACUUAACAUUCAGGAAACAACCAAGUUAUGCAGACCAGCUUCCUAUAGAGUACUCGGAUGAUGAGUCUGACACAUGUGAUGAUGACCCUGCUGAUGCUACAGAAACAGACUACAAGAAAGUAAACAGUAUUGAGGACAUAGAAACUUUAAUUACUGACCGCCCUCUUCUUGUAUACCAACAACCCUUGUUGGAUUUGGCCAACACACAGAUUAGUACUAUCUGCAAAAUUUGUAAUGAAGCUGUCAGCAUUUGUGUGGAUAAUAUUGGUUCAGCAACAUAUCUUAAAUGGGUAAGAACCAUUCAGAACAUGUUUUAA